AUGGCAGGAGAAGGAAUGCGCGUUCCGUCGCCUCCAUUGCCGCCAGACCCAUCAUCAGGGCAGCCGCUUCGAGAACAGAUAUCGCAGCCACCGCUGGUCGGGCAACAGACACACCAACACAUACCGACUUCGACGACACCACUACCACCAUCUCAGCCUGAUCCGCUGAAACGUGCCGACUCGCUGCGAUCUCCACCACCGACCGCAGACACACCCAUCUCGCAGCAGCGCCAGCCAAUCAAGGAUGCAAUCAACCAUGCAGCCAGCAAUGUCUUUGAGCAUUCGCCGGAAGCGAAUCAGAUGUCACCUGAAUUCAUAAAUCAGCUCACGGCGCAGGUGACUGCACAGGUGACCGAGCAAGUCCUGCGCAACCUGCAAUCAGCUGCAGGUACGACGCCAAAGCCUUCGACAUAUGCGAACCAAACUCCCUAUCCACCUCCGCCGCCACCACCGCCACCGACACGACAGCCCAGGUCUCCGACGCAAGAUUCUACCGACUUCGAGAGUGCACGCUACACCCCGCCCACGCCCGAUCGAUCGCAGCAUGAGCGAGCAUACGCCUCAUCAUCCCCUGAGCCACCGCUAUCCGACGUUGGCAGCAGCUUCAGCCGUGGGAGUAGAGAGAGCACAAGCAGCUAUCGGGCCGCGCCAACACCUAAGCCGGUCGAACGAAGAUCUAGCAAGAGCUCGAGGAGGAACAGCUACUUGAACAGAAGACAGAGUGAUUACGAUGACGAACGUGAGGCACCACGAAGACAAGAUAGCAUGUCAGAAGAGACAGCCCAGGACAAAGCUCGCCGAGGCAGCUACGAGUCGCAGCGGUCUUAUGAUGGCGCACCAGGAAGUCGAGCUCGGCCGGUCCGGCUCCCGUCAGAUAUCGAAGAAACACCGUUGGAGAAGUUCUGGCAGCCGCUGUUCGAAAAUGGCAACCCAACCAUGCGACUCGGACAGUUCUUGAGAGGCUUGGCGAUGCACAUUAUCGAAGACUAUGAGCCAAAGGGCAGCAUCGUCAUCACUCCGGCAAAGAUGCUGCAAUUCUUGAGCGAGACAAAGAUCGAGGAUGAGCAAUAUCCAUGGGACGCGAUCUUCGGAGGCAAGCUACUACCGCUGUCCAUCUCCAAGAUGUUCCAGAAGCUACUCUGCCAGCAUCACUAUGUCCAGGAGCGGAUCGACUCUACUCCUUCCAUUCCUGCUCUUACUCCGUUGGGCUUCGAGACGUUUAUGACUUGUCUCAUCCAGGCGCAUCCGGACAUCGAGUACGAACGCUUUGCGAAAGCAGUCAGAGACAUGCCCAUCUCAAAUGCGGACAACAAGACCGAACGAUUUCCGAAAGAGUUAUCGAGACGACUCUUUCCCCCGACUACAAACAUUCAGGCCCAGCAACGGCUCAUCUCGAGUUUGACCCACGAGCCUCGUCUCCUGAGCACACUCAACGUAGCCUCCGCAAUGCCGCCGCCGCCAUCGUCAGCACCGCCGAACCAGUCAUCCUUCAAUGAGCGCGAGCGCAUGCCAUACUCGUCAUCAUCACAGCAGUCGAAUGCCUUCGAUGAUGAUGACCUAUCCGGACCACAGCCGGUCCAGAUCGAGCGUGAGCGGAAACCUUAUACGGCGAGAGAAGGCGCCGGCAAGGUCUAUGGCUCAGAAGACGCCAGACCACCACCGUCCUUCAAGCCUGAAGGAUCAACGGGAAACAGGACCGGGCGAACAAACUCUGGCGUCCCGCCACAUGCUAUGUUCAACAACGGAGGCACAAGCGACCCAAUGAACAUUCCGUCACGACCACACCGCAUGUCGACACCCGGCGUGCCACCACCAAACAGCAACGGCAACAGCAACGGUGGCUACGCAAAGUCCAACCGCCGCUCAUCCCCACCGAUGCGAAAUCCUUAUACGCGUAGCGAACCCGGCUUCGCAGACCCUCAAAACCCCUCGAGCUUCCGCCCAUCCCGCGACCAACACCACCCGGAUAUCGACGACGACGCCGCAAAACGCUACCGCAGCCGCUCGCGCGUCGACCGCACCAGCCAAUCCAACCCCGCCGACGACGAACCCCGCGGCUACCCCAUCCCCGGGCGCAGCGUGCCCAUCAACAACGGCUACGAGUACGGCGCCCCACCGCUCGGCACCAGCGUGCCGGGCGGCAGCUACCCGUCCCGCCGACCUCCUGUGGGAACGAACGGGACCGAUGAUCGGAGGCGGAGCAUGUACAAUCCUCCGACCACCGGCUAUGGCGUGGGCGAUGGCGGGACGGAUGGGUACGGGAGUUUUGCGGGUAUGGGUAUGGGUGUGGGUAUGAAUCCGAAUACGGGAUAUCCGCCUCCGCCUCCGCCGCAGCAGGGACAGGUUUAUGGGUCAGCGGCGCAGCAUUAG